AUGAAACCUCUGAGCUUUUUCCUUGCAUCCUUCCUUCACAGUCACAAAUAAUACCACAGCCUGUCAAAAUUUUAGCCUUUUUAAAACUAUUUUAACUUCAAUCUUUAUAAAUUAUUUGUUUAUUAAUCCUUAUUAAGUUUUAAGCAUUUCCUGAGCUGUGAAUUCCCAUUAUUCCCUCUCUCUCUCUCUCUCUCUCGCUCUCACAUUCUCUCUCCCUCUGUAUCUCUCUAUCUCUUCUUCCACACAGAGCUUUUUAUUCCAUUAAUACUAAUUGUUGACAAAACAAAUCCUAUAGUGAUCUCUCAGCUUUUGGAUUUGCUAUGCUUUGAAGCAAGUUGGUAAAGAAGCGUAUAUAUAUAUAUAUAUAUAGUAAGGUAAGUGUGAGAUUUAGGUGAGUUUUUGUGGCAUGACCGUAGAACAUGUGAUCAAUGAGCUUCUUUGGAGAGAAUCACAACUUGGCCACUCUUCUUUUCAGGCAUGGGAACAAAGAUCGUUGAGCGAAUUAGGACAAAUCCCCUUGGCUUAAAGAGUGUUGAUCAUAGUGGAUUCAUCAGAUUUGGCGUUAAUGGUCGACGAAAAUCGCCAAAGAAGACGUUGACUGACGACAAAGAGGAGGAACAAGAAAGGGUUUCUGUUAUUACGCCAAUGGAUAGGUUUCUUGAAAAGCAAAAUGCUGAAUCGAUCAGACAUACAAUGCAAACCCAAGAGGAUAUUUUCAAGCAACAGGUACGAGAGCUACAUAGAGUAUAUAACACACAGAAAAUGAUGAUGAAUCAACUCAAACAUAGAAGCCAAUAUUGGACUGUUGACAACAACAGAGACCAAACCGGUUCAAGAGAGAGAACCGGAAGCUGUUCAGGCAUAGACCUCGAAAAUGUGGUUAGAGCAACACAAACGACGACGGAUCAUAUCGAAGAGAGCGAACUAGAACUGACACUGAGCAUCGGAUUGUCUUCUUCAUCAAAUACUAUGAGUACAACAACGGCGAAUAAAGACAUGGACUACUCGUCGACGACGUCGUUGAGAUCAUCAUCGGAUAAUUGUAAUAAUCAGAGCAAUAAUAAUAAUAAUAACAACAGUAAUAAUAACCAAGAAAGUAGCGGACCAAACACGCCUAUGAGCAGCUCAAGUACAACGUCGUUGGAUCGAGAGAAGAAGAGACCUCAUUGGCUUUUUCAAGGACUUAGUAUUAACCGAACCUCUUCUUGAUUUUUUGUUAAUUCACUGACUUUUUCUUUUAUUUUCUUCCUUAUCUUCUUCUCAUUCUAUUAUAAUUUUGUAUCUGAUUUAUUGUUAUUACUACCAUAUUUACUGAUUUCA